AUGUCGUCGCUGGCCACGGAGACGGUCAGCACGAUGGCGGAGCAGCAGGCAGCCGCCCCCCAUCGCCCAGCCAGGACCAAGAAGGCGCGGCCCCAGGUGUAUGAGCUGACCCUGAGGAGCGUGGACCGCGUGGGCGGCACAGAGAGCGACGCCCUGUUUGUGAUGAACUAUCCCAUCGAGUGCACGGCCGAUGCGGUGUGGAUGGUCAACGUGCGCGCGUUCAACCUGGAUCCUGCAUACGUCACCGAGGCCGACGGCAGCCUGAGCGACCCCACCGGCUUGGAGCACAAAACCCUGAUCCUCUCCUCGGACCAGCUGGCGACCAACGUGUUCGAUUCGCGCCACGGCCGCCGGCCGGCGGGCACGCUGGCGCAGGUCAAGGGCUACCAGCUGUCCGGCGAGGCCAACCACACGGCGCCCGUGCUGAGCGUGCCCAGCUGGCAGCACGGCACGCUGAACCUGCAGCUGCGCACCAUAGACGGCGCCCUGGCGGCCGGGCUGGACGGCAACUGCCAGUGGGCCCUGACGCUGGUGCCCCACGAGCGGCUGCGCGUGCACCUGCAGCAGUUUGGCUGCUUCUACAGCUUUCCCAAGGUCACGGUCCGCAACAACAGCUUCACAUUCACUGACGUCGCCACCGGCGCGGCCCACAACGUCACCCUGGGGCCCGGCAACUACACCUACAGGGAGCUGUGCAAGGAGACCAUGCGGCAGUACCCAGGGGUCAGCAUGCGGUACGAGGGAUACAGAGACGGGUUUUCCUUCCUCUUUGACACCGACCACUCGCUGGCGUUCGACAACAACAGCUGGCAGAUCCUGGGCUUCGCCCCCGGCGACGCUCCAGAGGGGGAGGCGUUUGGGUCCAGCACGCUGGUGGACCUGGCGCCGGUCAGCUCGCUGGCGAUUACGGUGGACGGCAUCACGUCCCUGUCGGCGCAGAACUGCGUGGCGCAGGCGGGGCGCGUGCAGCCCACACGCGUGCUGGCCACCAUCCCCAUCCAGCAGACCCCCUUCGACUUCUACACAUACAUCCCCCUCUCCGACUCCCAGUUUGCCGUCGAGAUUGCAGAGCGCUCUCUCAACCAGCUGGACGUGCACAUCACGCACGCCGUCCUGGCGCCCCUGGACGACAUGCCGGACAACACGCUGGUGCUGCGCGUCGACACGCUGUCCAGCGCCAGCCCCCGCGACGUCGUGCUGCGCCACGUGGCGUCGCGCCUCGACCGCCUCACGGAGCUGGCCAGGCUGGCCUUUGCCCCACGCCUCAAGUACCUCGGAAAGACCAAACUGCAGCAGGAGCUGAGGGGGCAGGGCAUCCCAGGCAAGGUGCUGGAUGAAUACUUUGCCCAGUCUGACCUGAGGCAGGUUUUCAAGGGCGUGGACAAGCGCCCCGCGGAGCUGAACUACAAGAUCACGGCGCAGCCCCGCAGCUUCCAGCUGGACGUGGUGCACUUUGGCUUCGCCAAACGCAGGGGCAACAAGGGCUGCGCCCAGGCGCUGCUGGCGGUCGACAUCCUGAGCCGCAAGGCCUGGCUGUACCCCCUGAAAGCCAGGACCAUGGCCGACAUCCUCGGCCAGUACGAGGCGUUCUUGAGGGCGGUCGGCGUGAGCAGCGUCAAGGCCCUGCAGACGCGCGUCAAGAUGGUGAUGGCCGACGAUGAGUUUGCGGCCAAGCAGUUUGCGGCCUUCAACGAGGCGCUGGGCAUCGCGGUGUACACCGACAUUGCCAAGGACGAUCACAUCUCCCACGAUUCAGACCGCCUCGGCAUCCUUGACAGGCUGGUGGGCACCCUGAAGCGGCAGCUGGAGAUGCGCUACGUGGAGGCUGGUGUGGAGGGCGACUGGCUCAAGUUCAUCCCUGACAUCGUCGUCGAUUACAACGACACGGUGCACCGCACCCUGGGCGUCACCCCCAACCAGGCCUGGGCGGCGCCCGAGAGCGAACAGCUGGAGCGCUACUCGAGGGAGGUCAAGCUGAACGAGGCGAUCGACGACGCCCAGCAGAAGUACGCCCCCGGCGCGCGUGUGCGCAUCCUGGAGAACGCCAGCACCUUCACCAAGGGCACCAAGCCCAGGUGGAGCCUCAAGGUGUACGCGGUCAAGGACCGAGACGGCUACAAGUACUUGGUGGAAGGGCUGACGCGGCGCUUCAAGCCCAACGAGCUGCAGCCAGCAGGGGAGGGGGCCCAGGACCUGUCAGUGGACAAGACACCCGCCAAGCAAGAGAAGGCCCGCAAAAAGAUCACCAGCCGCAAAGAGGGCAUCGCUGUGGACGAGCCGGCGCUGCAGGGCAGGGCGGCGCCCCGCCAGACCCGCGAGCGCAAGGAGAGGCGCACGCUGCAGGAGCUGGACCUGAAGGCGGGCGAGUUUGUGGUGCUGGAUGCCGAGGGCGAGCCCGAGGGGCCCGAGCGCCUGUCGGUCAAACAGCCCAGGCGCAGCGGCAAGACCGGCUACGUGACGGCCGGCUGGGUCGCCAGGAAAGCGCGGGGCGCCGUCUUCCUCCGGCUGCUGCGGGGCCAGGGACAGGCCGACGGCCCGCCCUUGGGCGGCCCCCUCGUGCUUUCUGAAGAAGACACCAAGAUCAGCAGCGGCACGCACGCAGACGCCCUGCUGUACCGCUCGACCGGCGAGCUGCAGCGGCAACAGCAGGUCAAGCUGCCGGCCUCCAUCACGGACAAGGUGCUGGCCGAGUACGUGUUUGUGUGA